AGACGCAGGCAGCCCGGGAGAGGACUGAGGCGCAGCCCGUGGGGACGGUCCCGAGCCACGCAGCCCAGGGGUGCCCACCUGCUGCAGGUGCCGCCGAGCCCCGGAGCAGGCACUGACUGCCCAGCGCCAUGGAGGAGUGCCCUGCCUGCUGCCAGGCCUGUGCCACCUGCCUGCUCUGUCUGUACGGCUGCCGGUGCGCCUCGGGCAAGAAGAAGAAAGGCCUGCGGACCACCAAGUGCGACCGCAGCUGGUGGCUGCUGCUCCUGGCCGUGUGCCUCUUCGCGCUCGUCUGGCUCUACUUCGCCUUCGUCCUCCUCAACGACUUCCACAACUUCAACGAGUGGUUCUUCCGGCAGACGCAGGCGUGGGUGGACUGGUCCCCGAUCCUGCUGGCCGCCUCUGCGCUGCUGCUCACGUACUCGGCUCUGCUGCUGGUCCUGGCGCUGUGCCUGCAGCUCUGUGGACAGCCCUUGAAGCUACACUGGCUGCACAAGAUCCUCCUGGUCCUCACAGCACUGCUCGUGGUGGCAGCCUUCGUGGGGCUGGACGUCCAGUGGGCUGAGGAGUGGCGGAGCGCGUACGUCUCCCUGCAGGCCACGGGUCCCUUCCUGCACAUCGGCGCCGUGGCGGGCAUGACGCUGCUGGCCUGGCCCGUGGCCAGCACCUUCUAUUGCAGCAGCAGUGCAGGCCUCCGCGUGCUGCUGCUCCUGGGGUAUUUCGGCACGAUGGCUGCCCUCUACCUGGCCCCCCUGGCCAUCACCUCCCCCUGCCUCCUGGAGGAGAGCCAGCUGCCCCCCAAGCCGGACCUGUUUGGGCACCGCGGGGCCCCCAUGCUGGCUCCCGAGAACACCCUCAUGUCGCUGAGCAAGUCGGCGCAGUGCGGCGUGCGCGUGUUCGAGACGGACGUCACGGUGAGCGCCGACGGGGUCCCGUUCCUGAUGCACGAUGCCAAGCUCACCAGGACCACCAAUGUGCAAGACGAGUUCCCUGCCCGAGCUGCCAUGAACGCCACCACCUUCAACUGGACCGAGCUGCAGCAGCUGGAUGCCGGCAGCUGGUUCCUGGAGAAGAAGCCCUUCCCCACGGUGCAGAGCCUCUCCGGCGAGGACCGACACCGGGCAGAGCGCCAGAAGAUCCCAUCCCUGCAGCAGGUCCUGGGAGAGGCCCAGCAACACAACCUCUCCGUCAUGUUCGACCUCCGUCCCGAGAACCACAGCGACUACCAGCACUUCAUCAAUGCCACCGUGGAGACCAUCCUCCGGUCCGGCAUCCCGCCGCAGCUGAUCCUGUGGCUGCCCGAGGGGUUCAGGGAGCAGGUCGAACAGCAAGCACCCGGAUUUCAGCAGAUCUACUGUCGGAAGAAGCUCCAGAAUGAGACGGUGCCUCUGCGGCGGGUGAACCUCCCGUACCAGGACAUGAGCACGGAGGAGAUCAGGCUGUACCGCCGGGACAACAUCUCCGUCAACCUGUACGUGGUCAACCGGCCCUGGCUCUUCUCCGUGCUGUGGUGUGCUGGCGUCAGCUCCGUGACCACCAAUGCCUGCCAGGUGCUGAAGGAGAUGGACCGUCCCCUCUGGAUCCUCCCCAGCAACACCUACCUGAUGAUCUGGAUUGUUGUGGACUGCGUUUCCAUCCUCCUGAUCCUCUGGGCCUUCGUCCUCCUGCAGAAAUGCUCCCGGAGAAGAGAACCAGCAGAGGCUGAAACGGACGUGCUGCUCACCAAGAUCAACAGUCUCAUGCAGGAGUGACCCUCUGCCCGCAGCGCCUGGCGGUGGAGGGGACGUGCUGGGGACAGGUGGUGUUGAGCGGGGCGCGCGUGAGCGCCCUGUUGCCAGCUCCUUUUGUAGACCCCGCGGCUCUGCACGACUCUGCUCCUCGUGGAGAACGGAUUCCCCCCCCCCCCCAAAGCCAUCCCCUGCCCUGGAUUGGAGGGGCUUGGGACUGGGUUUCUGGUCUCCACCGGCACGUGGCCCUUUCCUUGGUGACGGUUCUGUGCCCUCGAGCGCACCUGCCUCGGGGCAUCGGGCUUUCUGUCCCCUGGGGCUGUGGGCACCUCUCUUCUGUCUAGAUUAGAUUAACUGGCUUCUCCUCGGUCCUGCCCUGGGCUGGGCCGGGUGCUCGCCCCCACCCCAGGCACGCGCUGGUGCAGAUCCAGGCUGCUGGGAUGUGCUGCUGCGUCUCCAGAGCAGCCGUGGCUGUAGUGAGAGUAUAGGGGCAAUGCUCCUCUCCCUUGCCGGUUGAGAGCGCUCCUGCCCUUCCUGCGCUAGGAGCGGAUGAGCUUGAUGUUUUUGCUUUGUGCUGCCUGGGGCCGGUGGAGGUCUGGGAGGGCCUGGCGGGGCAGCAGCAGGGGACUGGUGAAGCAGGACAGGGACCGAAUCCGGUGCUGAGCAGAGGGCUCCUGUCUCGCUUGCUGUCUUGUCCCCGGUAGAGGCCAAGACCACAACUGUCGUCAGCCCAGCGCCAGCAGCUAGAUCCUCCCCGGUGCCCUGGGCUGGCAGGGACCGUCUCUCCUGUGUAGGCAGGACGGCGGGCCCGGGGGCAGUGACCCCGUCCUGCUGCUGGGGCAAGGGGCUGUGCGGGGGAACGACGAGGAAGCAGUGUUACUUGCCCAUGAUUGCUUUGCUGCAGGGCCUUUGAGCCGGGAGUCUAUUUUACUUGUUCUUAACUAUUUAUGUUAAUAAAUAGACCUGAGCUGGACCAAGAAA